GUCUUCACAUCAUAAUCUUAGUAAAAAGCAUCACAGCCCCUAUGAACAGCAGCCGGUGGGACCCUCCCUCUCUGUGUGCAAAAGCUAAAAAGAGAGCAACAAUUUCUCUCCAAAUACAAACACUCAAAUAUCAUCAUGAAAUGUAGGCAAUAUCCUCAAGAUUCCGAUUUGUAGGGCCCUCUCGGAAUGCAAGUUGAGAUCAGCCUUAACUCCAAUUUUCAGCCUAAGGCAAUGAUGCUAAUGAAAUCCAUUUGGACUGUGAAAUGAUCGAAUGUACAAAGUUGGAAGUCAUUUAGAGAGACUGUUGCUGAAACAAACCCCCAACUGUCUUGAAAGUUCAAUCGGCUCAUAUGAGGGCCGUGGGUGGUGGUGCUGCUGGUGGGUGUGGUGGUCCAUCCACUGAAAGCAGCUCUAAGGUACCAAUAAUGGUUGUCAAAGUUCCAUCAAGAAAAUGAAAGCCUAGCUGCAUCACUUCACCCACUACAACGAAUCUCCCCUUUAUCUACUUGUCCUUGCCUUCAUCUGGAGCCAAAUUGAGGAACAGGGCAGAGCCAUGGCAAAUUAUGGUCCGAGGCUGGUGGUGCCCAUAGACGUGAAGAAAAAGCCAUGGGAGCAGAAACUUCCGCUGCAUAACCGGUGGCACCCGGAGAUACCGCCGGUGGAUGAGGUUAGAUGUGGAGAGGUUUUCAGAGUUGAGAUGGUGGACUUCAGUGGGGGCGGUAUUACAAAGGACUAUUCUGCAGAAGAUAUCAAAUAUGCUGAUCCCUCUAUUGUUCAUUAUCUCAGUGGGCCUAUCAGAGUUCUGGAUGUGGAUGGAGUUCCGGCCAAGCCAGGAGACCUGCUUGCAGUCGAAAUAUGCAACUUGGGUCCUCUGCCUGGUGAUGAAUGGGGUUACACGGCAACGUUUGAUAGAGAAAACGGUGGCGGUUUUUUGACCGACCAUUUUCCUUGUGCAACCAAAGCUAUUUGGUAUUUCGAAGGAAUAUAUGCCUACUCUCCCCACAUACCAGGAGUGAGAUUUCCAGGCUUAACUCACCCUGGAAUAGUUGGAACUGCACCAUCAAUGGAACUUCUGAAUAUAUGGAAUGAGAGAGAGAGACAAGUAGAAGAAAAUGGUCUCCAGACUCUGAAACUAUGCGAGGUUCUGCAUUCCCGGCCAUUGGCAAAUCUUCCAUCAACCAAAGGCUGCCAUCUUGGAAAGAUCCAAAAGGGAACUCCUGAAUGGGAAAGAAUUGCUAGAGAGGCUGCAAGGACUAUCCCAGGAAGGGAAAAUGGAGGAAACUGUGACAUCAAGAAUCUCAGUACAGGUUCAAAAAUAUACCUUCCAGUAUUUGUAGAUGGAGCAAAUCUUAGUACAGGGGACAUGCACUUCUCCCAGGGAGACGGCGAAGUUUCUUUCUGUGGGGCAAUUGAGAUGAGUGGUUUCCUGGAACUCAAAUGUGAAAUCAUAAGAGGCGGAAUGAAAGAGUACCUUACACCAAUGGGACCCACUCCCCUUCAUGUAAACCCUAUCUUCGAAAUAGGGCCUGUUGAACCCAGAUUCUCAGAAUGGCUGGUUUUUGAAGGCAUCAGUGUUGAUGAGAGUGGAAGACAGCACUACCUUGAUGCAAGUGUUGCUUACAAGCGUGCAGUGCUCAAUGCCAUUGACUAUCUCUCCAAAUUUGGCUACUCCAAAGAACAGAUGUAUCUACUGUUAUCAUGCUGUCCCUGUGAAGGAAGGAUUUCAGGAAUAGUGGACUCACCCAAUGCUGUUGCAACCCUUGCAAUCCCAACAGCCAUCUUUGACCAGGAUAUUCGUCCAAAAACCAAAGUGCCAGUUGGACCCCGGUUAGUGAGGAAACCAGAUGUUCUGAGAUGCACCUAUGAUGGAAAUUUGCCCACCACAAAGAACCCAGCUGCCACAAUGUAACUGCUAUCAAAGUGAGCUAAGUAGAAGGAGGUGGCCUAAUGGAACACAUAUUCUAUGGGCAGGACAUAAAAAUGUUGUAGGAGAACCUUUACCUUCUGGUGAGUAAAGGAAACCAAUUGCAUAAUGCCAGCUAAGUUAAUAAAUUUAGCAAUUGACGUUUAGUCAAUUAUAAAA